AUGUGAGGAUUUUGAUACUUGGCAUACAUUAUUAACAUAUGCACUACGAAAUGAAGAUUCUAUCUUUUCAUUUUACGGUCUGGUACUUUUGUGACACGUUUGAGUUGAUCAGAUACCUUGGAGGGAAAAAUAAUGGGGGGAUUAAACUUAAAAGAAAUACUAUUUGAGCUAAGGCCCUGGAUUGUUGUUCCCUCCAAGUAGUUUCAAAAUAGGAAAGUUUUAGACGUCUAACUAUUAGAGUAUUCAAUGAAAGCCGACUGCCCGCAAUUAAAAAUUUAAAAUCCAACAUAUCCGCUAAGGUCCCACGCUUGGUAAAGCCUAUUCGUUUCUCCGUGGAUUAUUGGAUUAAGGUUACUUUAUAAUAUAAGGCAAUAAUUAAUUACAUUAACUUAAAUUUAACUUUAUGAACUAAAUAAAAUCUCUCUCUACCAAGGGCUAUCUCUCAAAAUGAAUGGCAAUGGUGGAGGUAUCAAAUGUAUAUAUAUAUAUAUAAAUUAAUACUAUGUCACAUUCGUUUUGUUUUUUUUUUUUUUUUUUAUUUUAAAAUUGUCUCAUCCAUCAUUUUCUUUCUUUCUCCAUCUAUUUCUUUAACGUAAAACUUUAUGUUAAUGCAAUGCAAGUAUAUGAUCGAGAUUGAUUAGAACCUGAAAGCAUAUUCAACUUUUGUAAUAUCUAAAUUGUGAAGAAAAUCAUUUCCAAUAGUUUUAUUAAUUUUAAAAGUAAAAUCAAAUCGUUUGUUUACCAAAUCAAAUCAGACGUAAUUUCCCACUACUACACCUAAUAAAGGUUAAAUAUUAAGGAGUAAAUUUAAAAAAUAUAAAAAUCAUCCCCAUGUCUGCGCACUUGUUCUUAUGCAUAGAUAAAAAUAAAAAUAAAAAUAAAAAUAAUAAUUCUAAGUUUAAGUUUAUGGUUGCUUGUACAUGUCUUAUGCAUGUUAAGUUUAAGUUUAUGCUUGAAAUUAAAUAAAGCACUUUAUUAUGAUGGGCAUCAGGUGAUCCUUCAUCCCGUUCGUUGACCAUUUACAGUUUCGCGUCCAAAGCAGUUGGAGCUUCCUGUAAUCUCUCUCUAUAUCUAAUGCUGAAUAUGAAAAAAUAUAUAUUUAUUUUCGAUCCGUUCAUUUUGACUAACUACUAUUUCGCAGCCCAAGCAAUUGGAGCUUAACCCCUCUCUCUCUCUCAAAUCAAUAUAGAAAAAAUGUGUAUCUAUAUAUAUACAUAUAUAUUUAGGUUCCCUCCAUCCAUUUCCAUUCUAACUACAAAUUCGCGGCCGAAGCAGUUGGAGCUUCUCAAGGAGAAACGGUAGUAACAGUUUUGUAUUGAAGACAUGAGUGACAGAGGACAUCACGGUCAUGGUGGCGGAGGAUAUCCUCCCGGACAGCAUCCUCCACCAGCUGAAGCAUAUCCUCCACAUGGCCAUCCGCCAGGUGAUUACCCACCAACAGGACAUCCUCCAGAAGGCUAUCCCCCAGCUGGCUAUCCUGGUGGUUCUGACCCAAAUAAUGCAGAUCGUGGCAUUGGGACAAUGCUAAUGGGGGGUGCUGCAGCUGCAGCAGCUGCUUAUGGUGUUCACCACGUUGCCAAAGGACAUAAACACGGACAUAAAGGACAUAAACACGGACAUGGGCAUGGACAUGGACAUGGUUCUGCACCUGCUUAUGCAGCUGCACCUGCUUAUGCAGCUGCACCUGGACCUGGAUAUGGAGCAGCACCCGGAUAUGGAGCCGCACCUGGAUAUGGACAUGGUGUUGCUCACUAUGGACACGGUGCUGGCCAUACACGUGGGCAUGGGAAAUUCAAGCACGGCAAGCAUGGUGGCAAGUAUGGGAAGCAUGGACAUGGAGGGAAGUUCAAGAAGUGGAAGUAAUUUAGUGUUCCUCAACUGAAUGCAUUGACUACGGUUUCUGAUUCUGGUUAUAUGAAUAAGGUAAUGGACAGGACUUCGAUGGAUGUUCAUUACCACACUGUUGGCUUGAUGUAUCAAAAUAAAGUUCCAUUUGGGAUGUUUUUCUUUUUUUCUUCUAUGGUUUAUAUAUUACAUGAAUCAUUUAGGCCUCUUGAAAUUGUAUCCAAGAUGUAUAGUAUUCAUCAAUAUGUAAACAAUAAUUGUUGUUCAAAAUAACUCUAGCUGGCAUUUACCAAAUAAUUAUUUUGGUUGCAUGGUUGUA